AUGUCUGGCAAAUUCAACGAUGGUCUCCUGGGAGGAACAGACUGCCCCUUAGAGGAUAUUACUUACAUUUUCUUUCGAAAUGAGGCUAGUUCCUCGCCUCUAGUCUCCAGGUUUCUUUUUUCCUGGUCAUCAGUCUCGCUCUCUCCCGGCACCCUCAGGCCGCGAGCCCCUCCCUCCGCUCGGGCUCGCACCUCUCCCCAGCCUGGUGCACCUGGGCUGACGCGGGCUCGGGACUCGUGCGGAGCGCCGCGAGCGCGGCGGAGGCAGAGGCGCGCUGACUGCCACCUCCAGCCGUGCCAGAGGGACAGCACGCGCUGCGCAACGGAGACCGUUCUCCUUGGCCGCCGCUCACGGCUCGCGGCGACCACCGCCGUUGAAGCUGCGGGCGGGCAACCGUGCGUCUCCCGGGACAGCCAGCCCCGGCGGCUGCUCCUUCCGGAUGCCAGGGCCAGGGCGCCGGGCGGCCGCCAGCAGGAGAAUGAAGAGCUCGGUGGGAGGAAGGAGAGAAAAGCUCCUGGGGGCGCCGAAAGCUCAGCCCAGCCGCGGUAUCAGGUGAUGCUGAUGCCGAAGUUGAUUCUGCUGGUCUUGGGGCCAGUCUUUGAGAACCACAUUCAACAUGGGGAAGUAAGAGCUAGGAGUCAUGCCAAGCUGUGGAACAACUGAGGAAAAUAUUCAGGAAAAAACAUAUGGAAAACCAUUGUCCAUAUAUAGCACAUCUUUUUGCCUUUCCUGAUUCUAUGGGAGAUCUUCUAUAAUUCUGCAAAUUAUAUAGAACCUCUGCUGGUCCAGUAGAAGUUCAGUUGAAUUCCCUCCUCAUCCUGUGGAACAGAUAGUUUUGCCAUUUGCAUAUUCAACUUCCUGAUCUGUAAAUAUGUCUGUUUUUCUUUUAAACCAAUUAUAACAUCUGUCUGGUUCUCUCACUGAAAUGCAUUCUUUAAGACGUUUAUUUUAUAUCUGUAUGAGAAUCAUGAUUUUACCCUUUUUGUUGGAAAAUUAUUUUUUAUCAUUCCUCUAGGGCAGGAGUUCUCAACUUCAGUACUGUUGGCAUUUGGGGCCAAUUUUUUUUGUUAUGAGGGCUAGUUGUGUGCCUUAAAGGAUAUUUAACAUCUUCUCUGCCCUCUACCCAUUCGAUACCAGUAGAACCACCCAGAAAUAUCUUCACACAUUGUUAAGAGUUCCAGCUGCAAAUAUUUAAAAUCACCCCUGACUGAGAACAACUGUCCUGGGAUAAAAUAUAUCUGCUUUAAUAUCCAAAAAAAAAGACUAAUGUCUGCUGCUCAUUAUUCAUGUUACUAGUUUACUGUGCAGCUGCUACGUGUGUAUGUGUAUUAGUUACAGGUUCUACAGAUAACGCUAUCAAUAAGACCAAACACAAAUUUGCUUUUAGGAAACUUGGAUCUAAUUCUAGUUAGUGUCAUAUCCUGUUUAUGCAGAUUCUUGUUUACCUUUAGUCCAGGGAAAUACGUUGUUACUCUGUAAAAUGAUUCUUUUCCUUGUUUUGCCUGUUUUCUCUGUUUUUCCUCUUUGUCUUUCCUUGGCUUUUUAAAAUUUAUGAGUUAAAUAA